AGUCAUGAUGCUCGGAAUAUCUUCGCAGAGACGUCUUUGCUUUCUCGGUUUGAGGGGGGAGAGAGCGUGAGAGAGAAGAAGCGGAUAUGGGAACGGGAAAAUGAUGGAGAUUAGGGUUAGGGUUUUACUGCAGCUUUGAGGAGAAGCAAAUUAGUUGGUCGAAGUUGAUGGAGCAGGGAGGAAGCUUAUCCGGGCUCAGGGGACUCUAAAGCGAGGGAUAUUUGUUUUUCUUAUUUUGCCAAGAGAUGAGUUACGGCAGAGAUGAUAAAAAUGGUGGAAUAGAAAGAGGGAAGUUUACGAAUUCUGGACCAAAAAAAGCAGCGGAUUCUGUUCAUCCUGGCAGGCCGUCCAUUGACAGUGACUGCACUGUUCCAGUUGAGAAGUUGGAGAUUGAUAAAAAGCUUUUGAUUGAUCCGAAGAAACUUUAUAUAGGAUCCAAGAUUGGUGAAGGUGCUCAUGGGAAAGUUUAUGAGGGAAAGUUUGGUGAGCAAGUUGUAGCACUCAAAAUUAUCAAUGGUGGCAGCACGACUGAGGAAAAAAUGACAAUUCAGGCUCGUUUUAUUCGAGAAGUCAAUAUGAUGUCUAAAGUGAAACAUGAAAAUCUUGUUAAGUUCAUUGGAGCCUGCAAGGAGCCUAUCAUGGUUAUUGCGACAGAGUUGUUGCCGGGAAUGUCUUUAAAAAAAUAUUUGGAAAGUAUUAGACCAAAGCAACUAGAUCUUCGUCUAGCAACUAGCUUCGCAGUUGAUAUUGCUCGUGCAUUGGAGUGCCUGCAUGCAAAUGGAAUAAUACACAGAGACUUAAAGCCGGAUAAUUUGCUUCUUACUGCAAAUCAAAAAAAUGUUAAGCUUGUAGAUUUUGGAUUGGCCAGAGAAGAAACAGUGACAGAGAUGAUGACGGCUGAAACAGGGACGUAUCGAUGGAUGGCUCCUGAGCUGUACAGUACUGUUACAUUGCGUCGUGGUGAGAAGAAGCACUAUACCAACAAGGUUGAUGUAUACAGUUUUGGCAUUGUUCUAUGGGAGUUGUUGACCAACCGAAUGCCAUUCGAAGGAAUGUCCAACUUACAGGCAGCAUAUGCUGCUGCUUUUAAGCAAGAGAGACCAUCCAUACCAGAGGACACACCCGCUGAUUUAGACUUCAUCAUAAGAUCUUGCUGGGUUGAGGAACCCAAUAUGCGGCCCGACUUCAGCCAGAUCAUUCGCAUGCUCAAUGCCUUCCUCUUCUCUCUAACUCCAUCUUCUCCACAGCCUGAUGCUUCUCCUGCGGUCAUCAGCAGCAGCAAUGGCGCUCUUACUACCAACACCACUCGCUCAGUCCGAAAACUUUCUUUUCUCCGUCAAAUCUUCGCAGCAAAAAGAGCAGGCAAUAGUCGGACAACAUAAGAGGCCAUAUACUUUUUCUAAGAUCUGUAAUCGGGGAGUCUCAUUCUAUAUAUUUUAGAUAUGUCACACUGAAAGUGAAAAUACAUAGAGUACAGAGGAAAUUGCACAAAAAUCUUAUGCACCACUGGUGCACAUAAGCUGUCUGGUGGUUCGGAUCAUUUGAUUCUGCUUGACCUUUAUGCAAAUUCUUUUUAGGCUUCAUUUUGGACGGCUUUCUUACUUCUUCAUAAAGCAAUUUUUUAGUAUAAAAAUUAAAAUUUUUAUACUAAAAAGUUGUUUUAAGAAGCAGAAAGAAAGUCAUCCCAAACGAAACCUUAAUCUCAUGGCUAAUGGAUUCACACUUGUACAAGCAGAGUGUGGGGCUCUGAACCAUCGCAUAGAUUUUCACUGUACCAUGGUUCAUAAGAUUUUUGUCCAGAAAUGAAGUUUGUAGAAAGCCCAUUUGUUGAAGCCAAUGGGUUAUCUUGUAGGAUGCAUGGGAUGGCAUUCUCAUGAACUCAUGUUUUUGGCAAGUUUUGUAUAUACAGGAUCAUAGUGCUCUGACGUUGCUCUUUUUCUUUUUGUUUGCUUUUGAUACAAAAAUCAAGAGGUUCCAGCCCAACUUGGCGCUCA